AUGGCUCACCAUAUACAAACGGCAUUGAAUGGUGGGUUUGAGCACAAUCGAUGUUCUGAGAUCGACUUUAAGAAUUUCAAGAGAGAUGCAGUUGCAUGUGUUGGGAUAAAGGAUGCGAAGAUGUUGAUCAAUAAACUAUCCAAUAGGCGAGAUAUUGUUUCCGGGUAUUUUUUCGAGUACAAGUGCAAUGAUCAGGAGUUGGGUGCCAUUUUCUGGGCAGAUGAGGUCGCUAGAGUUAACUACAAAGAGUUUGGGGAUGUAAUUUCGUUCGACGGGACGUUUCGCACCAACAAGCAUGCGAUGAUUUUUGUUCCCUUUUUGGCGGUUGACAAUCACAAACCUUCGGUUGUCGUCGGAUCAACGUUAAUAAGUGGUGAGACAAUUGAAAACUUUACAUGGGUUCUAAGAGCUUUCCUAAAAUGCCAUGACAAACAACCAGUUUUUGUGAUUACGGAUCAAUGUUCGGCGAUGAAGCAAGCCGUCCCGUUGGUGUUUACGGAAGCUAAUCACCGACUAUGUAUGUGGCACAUAAUGAAGAAAGUGCCUUCUAAGGUCAGUGUCGCCCUAAAUCAAGAUCCUCUGUUCAAUAAGGUUAUUAACAAGCUCGUGUGGAACAUAAAUAUUGGCCCAUCGGAAUUCAAGACCAAGUGGCAAGAGAUGAUCGAACAAUACAAUUUAGGUGGUGAUCCGUGGUAUCUGUGUCGUCAUGCAUUUAAGGUUCUAAUAAACGACGAAGUUGAAAGUAUUCCGAACCAAUACGUUUUACGUCUAUGGAAACAAAAUUUGGUCCCUGUCCAGAUACAAUCCGCUAGGGUUCGAUACGGUGAGGUGGAUGCGGAGAAGGAUAAGUCUAUAAUUGAUGUAUACUCCAAAGUCGACGACAUUAUAAGCAUCGCCCGGAAUGGUAAAUCGAUACUGACUAGAUUGGAGCAGAAUCUCGACAAUUUCAUGGUUGAUAUCGAGAAAGAGGUACCGUAUGAAGACCCAUCCCAACAAAAGUUGGAUGCAAUCAGAGAUCACCUUGGUGUUUCCACCCACCAUCUGGAAUAA